AGUGGUGCAUGGAUGUGCCCAGUUUAGGUCAGUGACAGACAUAGGAUCGAGUGGUAAAAGGAUAACAAGAUUCUCUAAUCAAGAUGAAUUCAUAAUAAAGAUACAGUCGUACGUUUCAGGCCAACCCUCCUCAUGCAGGUUUCUCAUGCACAGCUUCCCAGGUCCUCUCGUCCUCCCGCUGCCUCUUCCCAAUACCCUCCGAUCCUCCCGGACCUUCCAGCGUCCCAGUCAUGUCCUGGGCUCUCUUCUUCACUUUUCUUCCUCCUUAAGGUUUCUCUAGUCUUCCCAACUCCUCCCUGUCCCUCGUCCAGGUCUUCCUAGUCUUCCCAGGUCCUCCCUGACCCUCUUCCUGGUUCAGCAUCGCUAAAUAAAGGGGUUACGCCGGUCAUGCACGGGAGAGCGAGGACCCGCCCCAGUAUACAUCAGAUCACAGCCAACCGGUUUUAAAAGGUUCAUGACGGUCAGGCGGUUCUUUGUUCGGCUCAUGAGGGUAGUCUGGCCCCUUCAUGACGGUAGCCAGUUUGGUGUGAAAGUUUAAGGCAACUGCUGCUGCUUUUCCUGUGCUCCUGACUGCUACUGGUGCAGUAAUGUGUUAAAAUCUUGUGCUAUACUGUGAAGUGCUAAGUGCAAGACAAGAUAUAGUGAAGAUAUUGCAAAGCUGCUGAUAUAUUCAUAAGAAGCUAGGUCGACCAGUGUGGUUGGUGGCUGCGAGUACGGCGAAGGAGAAGAAGGAGGAGAGGAAAUGUGGUGUGAUUGCGGGACGCCGGGAGUGACUCACGGACUCCGAAGGAGAGCGAUAGAAAAGUAACAGUGUUCGCCGUGGAAGGUGCCUCAGCCCGCAGUGAUGAGCUGGGCACCGCGACACUGCUGGCCUCGCCCUGAAGACAGUUUUGUGUUGUCAUGCUGGACACGCCGGCGUCUGUCUCGUCUCCUGCCGCCUCGAUCGAGGCGCGGAGGAGGCGGCGGUGACGGCGGCGACAGACGCCACCACGCCGGGCAGGGCUAUCAGGCGGCCGUCCAGCAGGAAUAUUACCCAGUGAGGUGGUCACGGUUGGCGGCUUACUCAUGGCGUGGCCUAGACAAACUUAUAAGAAAAGGCGUGAGAGAAGGGUCCAACUUGCUUCCUUCUGGGGUCCGCGCCCCCUUCCGACGGCCGCGUGACCCAUUCACUCCUCUGGGUGCAGGGGGACUUUGGGAUCGUCGACAGGCAGCUCUCCACCCAGCUUAGCUCCCUCAACACCUUUGUGUGGGCCAGACAUAAAUAUUGAAGGGAUUCGUUUCCUUUAUCUGUGUGUGUGUGAUUUCCUGGGACUUCUUGAGUGUUACUUGCCGUGACUCCACCACCGUCUUGCCUGACUCAGGGGACUGUCAGUCUGCACCCUCUCUGCCCAACUCUUGUCCGAUACUCAGUGUUUAAAGACCCAGGUAUCUGCACUUACUCUAUUUUCCUAUAGUAUAAUAAAAUGUUCAAGGCAUACAGGACUGCGGCUGCUUCCCUGCAUGGCACUGCUGCCCCGAUCCGUCUCUGAAAUGUUUUAUGGAUAGAAGGAAUAUUUGUUAAAUAGUUAGUGUGUUGUAUGUAGUAUUCAUAAAUCUAGUUUUUUACUCCUCGAUCGGUCUUAUAAUUAUAUAGAAGCGAAUAUCUGUUUUAUAUGUUCUUACAGGAUACUGAGAACCGAUGUAAAACGAUUUUCGUAAUAUCGAAAUCAUUAGUAUUAGUUGGACCGCUUUUGACUUUACUGAAGAAAUAUUUCAUGGCAUAAUUCAUAUUACUGUUUUUAGUGUAUGGUAAAGGUGUCAUGUGUUUCUUCGCUAACUUCUUAACCCUUGAAUUUUUCAUGUCUCUAUUAAGAACAUUCACCUGCCUCAGGAUUCAAUUCUGUGCAUGAGAGAUAGAUUGGCUAAAGAUAGUAAACCGAACUUUCUAGAUAACAUGACAUUAUGUGUUGUUAGAUAAUCUAAACAAAAUAAAUUGCGAAAAUAAAACAGAAAAGUUUGUUUUAUCAUUAAGUAUGUUAACAUUAAAAAUAAGAAUAUAAAUUCAGUGGUUGGUUGAGAGACAUUGAAAGAAUGUUCCAGAUAUGUUUGUAGCUUAAAUGAAAAUAAAAACAAGUCUUUCAGUAGUCCCGUAGUUUGGAAGACAAUUUCUUUAUAUAAAGGUUUGCUUUUUUACUUAUUUUAUGCUUCCUUAAGAAUUUCCUUGAAUAAAAUCAAAGUGAUUUAAAUUUCAUAGUUGUUAUAUAGCUGUGAUUCCUUACCUUCAUGAAUGUCGUAAGUCUUCCUGAUUUUUUUUUGUAUAUUUUAGCUAAUCAAUUCAAUUUUAGCUGUGUAACUCAGCAAUAAAAGAGAAAGGAAGGAGUACUUGUUUAGAUAGAUAGGAAUAUAAUUUAUAGAAGCGAUUUUGAGGUCCUUCAUGUAGCCGCAGUUAAGACAAAAAAAAUAUUAAUGUAUUUUCUCAACAGUCUUUGUAUCUACCAUGUAUAACUAACUAUGUUAAUAAAAGAAAACCUUCCGA